AGAAAGGUCUUUGCUCUCGACUCCAUUGACCUUGUGCGAUGGAUUAGCAAGCUUUGAGAUCCCUGAAGUCGUCAAGUGUAUGAGAUCAGGAGGCGUAUAGGCACAGCCAACCAUCGAGGGAGGCUAUAUGCGGAGGGCGUCAUCCGUGGCAAAGGAUCUAGCCGGAAGACAAGCUUCUGCGUUCACGUUUGCGCUCUCAUUCUCGAGAAGAAAUCAUUUCAUGUGAUGAUGUGGGGCACCACUCGUCCAAGGGCGAUAACGUUUCAGCUGCAACCGAUCAAACGGCUCGUCAGAAGCGAUCAGCGAGCUUCAGCACCGAUCCGGUCUCAUCGCCACAUCACGCAGCAAGCUUCACCUGCUCAGGAGACGGAAAAUGUCAGGCUCAUGUUGAAGCUGGCCGCGACCAUUCGGCAGCGCAACCCAACUCCCGCCAAGCCGCGGAUGCCAACUCGUCUGAUGACGCGCAGCUGGGCCGAAGAAGCCCAAGCCCGGGCAGAAGCUGCUACGUCGGGAUCUUCAAGCGAGCGGUCUGAUACGGAAAUGCUGUCUGACAUCGACGAUGCGACCGAAGAGCGCCUGCUGCGACCGAAGCGUAUGCACGAAUCCUUAGUGGAGUUGAGCUUGCCGUUUGCCAGUCAGCCCGAAAUUUUAGAGCGGUACAUCGCCACAUCUGGUCUCAUCCGGCUGGGCAAGAUCUUCGAAGACCUGGACAAUCUCGCAGGAGACAUAAGCUACACGCACGUCCUUCAAGGUCGACCAAAAGCAGGCGAGCAGUCUCGCAUUCCCAUCUUUAUCGUGACGGCCUCUGUCGACAGGCUGGACUUGUUGCAGCCGCUGCGUGCAGAUCGAGAUUACAGGCUGCGGGGCGGAGUGAUCUACGUAGGAUCCUCUGCCAUGGAGGUGCUUGUGACUGUUGUUGAGCUUGGUAACUCUGGCUCCGAAACCAUUUGCCUGACUGGCAGAUUCACCAUGGCCACUCGCAAUGCCAAGACUGGCAGAUCACAGCGCAUUGCCCCGUUACUGCUCGAGACGGAAGAGGAGCAGAAGUUGUUUCAAAUGGGAGAAGAUCACAAGAAGCGAAAGCGCGCCUUUAGCGAGACUUCGCUGGACCGUGUGCCGCCCACGCGAGAGGAAGUCGCUCUGCUUCACACGCAAUGGCUUCAGGCUUCGAAGGUGCAAAAUGACACUGACCUUCAGCACGUCAGAAAUACUGCCUUGACAUCGACUCAGCACAUGCAUCCGCAACAGCGCAACGUCCACAUGAAAGUGUUUGGUGGCUACCUAAUGAGGGCAGCGUACGAACUGGCGUGGAUGACAGCAGCUUCUUUUGUCAAUGCUCCGGUCUCCUUCUUAGCACUAGACGCACUGUCGUUCCAUGCUCCGGUGCCUAUCGGUGCAGUGCUGAGCCUGUCUUCCAACGUCGUGUAUACGCACACACCGGAAUCUCAGCAUUCUGCCCGGCCACCCGAGCAAGCUGGAUUGGAAGAAAGUCUGGCAGCUGUCACGGUCUUGGCCGAAGUCGUGGAUCUCAAGACCGCUGUUCGCACAAAGAGCAAUACGUUCACAUUCACCUUCUCGCUCGCAAAUUCGAGCAAGCACGUCGUGCCAGACUCUUACAGUGAGGCGAUGGCUUGGAUCGAAGGCAAGCGACGCGUGGACUUGGGCCAGGAACUUCGAUCUCUGUACGCCUCAGAACGAGCGAGGAGCAAGGCAAAUUAGACAGGAAGACCAUGAAUGGACGUUGCACCGCAGUCACAUGCGGCAAGCGCAUUUGCAAUCAUUCAUUCCAAUGAGAAGUCGAGCAAUAAGUUAUCGAUCAGUCUCGUCUUCUGUCCAUCUUUGCCCUCUGAUAUCAUUGCAGCUCCGCUCAAGAUUGCGCCGCUGAGCUGUGAUCUGUCCUGCGAGUCCCAAAUGGUCUCGAGGGUAUGCGGAUCGUUCAGGCUAAUGUAUAGAAGCUCAAUGUGGACGUUUUCCCGCGCCGAAAGUCUGGCUGCGUGAGC